UUGAUCUGUGGCUCUCAACGCUUCUAUUGAUCUCACAGAUUAAAUACCGUUUGGUUUUCUCUGUUGUCCAUUGCAUUUUUUACUGAAUGCAAACUUCGUCAUGUUUAUCAGAGCAACUUCUCUCCUCUACUUUGUGGUGUCACUGUCAAAACUUGUUCGUUGCAUGGAAAGUGAACUUUGCUUCCCGAUUAGACUGGAUAACCACCAGCAUGACAGGGGAGAUUUUGACAACGACGUGGAUAUCCUUAAUGGAAAAAGUGUCCUAAAAAUACAAGCUUUCCAGCAGGAGUUAGUGAUCGAUUUACACCAAGACUUUAAAUUCAUUGCCCCCUCCAUUUCUAACCAAGACGCAUUCUGGCUGCCCAAAACCGAUGUCACCACUGACUUGAGCCGGUGUUUUUACUCCGGGUACGUGAAUGGUGACCGCUAUUCUUAUGCAGCUUUGAGCCUCUGUAAAGGUUUACAAGGUGCGUUUGGCUACCAAGGCUGGGAAUAUUUUAUCAGCCCGGCCCAAAAUGACACCAAAAGCGCGGAAAGUGCGCACGUCAUCCGGCGCAGAACCAGCAACAACCUGAACCUCAAUACAACCUCUAGGUGCGCAGUGAACAGCGACAUAAGUCUCCAGGUUGCGCAAUCGCUGGAGAAAUACAAGCAACUAAAAGAUUACAGCAAUGUGACCGAGACCAUGCUGAAGAGGAUGGGGAGAGCUAAAAGGUUCGCUUCAGUUCCCAGAUACGUGGAGACACUUGUAGUAGCGGACGAGUCCAUGGCUUUGUUCCAUGGAGAUGACCUAAAACACUACCUCUUGACAUUGAUGUCAGUGGCAGCGAGGCUCUACAAACACCCCAGCAUUCUCAACUCCAUCAGCAUAACAGUUGUGAAGAUCGUGAUUAUAUCGGAGGCGGACAAAGGACCCAAGGUGUCCGGGAACGCAGCCAUGACGCUGCGGAACUUUUGCACCUGGCAAAAAAAGAUGAACAAAAACAACGACAAACAUGCAGACUACUGGGACACAGCAAUCCUGUUCACCAGACAGGAUCUAUGUGGAGCCUCCACCUGUGACACUCUUGGCAUGGCUGAUGUUGGCACUAUGUGUGACCCCAAGAGGAGCUGCUCUGUGAUAGAAGAUGAUGGCCUACCAUCAGCUUUCACCACAGCUCAUGAGCUUGGGCAUGUGUUCAACAUGCCGCACGACAACGUGAAGGCCUGUGAGGAUGUGUUUGGAAAACUGCAGGACAACCAUAUGAUGUCCCCCACACUCAUUCAGAUCAAACGUACCAGCCCCUGGUCUCCCUGCAGUGCUGCCAUCAUCACUGAAUUUCUGGACAGUGGGCAUGGGGAGUGUUUGCUCGACCAGCCUCAAAAACCGAUGGUCCUCCCUGACGUGCUGCCAGGAACAUCCUACAUGCUUGAACGUCAGUGUGAGCUCGCUUUCGGUGAAAACUCCAAGCCCUGUCCCUUCACGCAGCCAUGUGCUCGUCUGUGGUGCACUGGAAAGUCCAAUGGCCAUCUGGUGUGUAUGACCCGGCACUUCCCAUGGGCAGACGGCACUCCCUGCGGAGACGGACAGGUCUGCGACCGAGGGGUCUGCGCUGACAAACAGGUCCAACCUGUGAGGGUGGACGGCCGCUGGGGCAAGUGGGGGCCAUUUGGUUCCUGCUCACGCACAUGUGGAGGUGGUGUCCAGCUGUCUAAAAGGGAGUGUAACAACCCAGUUCCGUCAAAUGGGGGUAAAUACUGCCAAGGGGUUCGGGUCAAAUACCGCUCCUGCAACCUGAACCGCUGCCCUGACACAGGUAAGACUUAUCGGGAAGAGCAGUGUGAGACCAGCGGCCUCAGUUUCAACAGUAACCGUAUUGCCCCCUCAGUGGUGUGGGUACCCAAGUACUCUGGAGUGAGCACAGAUGACAGAUGUAAACUCAUUUGUAGGGCAAAUGGCACCGGCUACUUCUAUGUCCUGGCACCCAAGGUUGUGGAUGGCACUCCAUGCUCCCCAGACUCCACAGGUGUGUGUGUACAAGGGAAGUGCAUCAAAGCUGGUUGUGAUGGGAAAAUUGGCUCCACCAAGAAGUUUGAUAAGUGUGGAAUCUGUGGCGGUGAUAACAAGGGCUGCAAGAAAGUGUCAGGACUCUUUACAAAGCCUAUGCAUGGAUACAACUUUGUGGUCAUGUUACCAGUGGGCGCAGCCAACAUAGAUGUCCGUCAGCGAGGCUACAAGGGAAUUAGGAAUGAUGACAACUACUUGGCCGUAAAGAACAGCGAGGGUCAUUACCUGCUCAAUGGGAACUUCAUUGUGUCGGCUGGGGAGAGGGACAUCGCUGUAAAGAACAGCUUGCUGCGCUACAGUGGCACAGCUGGCCUCUCUGAGACCCUUCAGGCUGUAAAACCCUUGGGAGAAGCCCUCACUGUGGAGGUGCUGUGUGCGGGCAAGAUGACGCCUCCUCGCAUCCGUUACUCCUUUUACCUCGCCCGUCAGACCAAGGAGGACAAGACUCUGAAGAAAGAGGGGCGUGUAAACUCCCAUAACAGUGUUCUGGCUGAGGAUGGUGUAAAAGAGAAGGGAGGUGACACCCUGAAGAAGUCUUAUAGCAAGGAGGAUCCUGUUCUUGGGAAAUGGAUAUCCACAAACUGGGACGCAUGCUCGGCCACAUGCGGCAAUGGGAUCCAGAGGAGGAUGGUGCAGUGUCUGCGACCGGACGGGAAGCCAGGGUUGGACUGCAAUUCUUCACAAAGGCCACCGGCUACAAGGGCUUGUGGAGACCCAUGUCCAGAGUGGCAUAUUGGGCAGUGGUCGCCUUGCUCCAGAACCUGUGGGAAGGGCUUCAAGAGACGACCGUUGCAGUGCAAAACCCAGAUUGGGCAACUGCUCCCGAGGGACCAUUGCAAAGGCUUACGCAAACCACAGGAGCUGGACUUCUGUAACCUAAGCCCUUGCUAGUGACUAAAAGCAAACAACAAACUAAAUAAACUACAAAUCUUUGUCACGUUUUAAAUGGACUAAACCGGAUCCUCCUGCAAGCAUCGC